AUGAACAACCUGAGUAUUGCAGAUGCUAAUCCUCGCCUGAUGAGCGUGCGCCCAGUGACUGACUGGAGAGAGCCCUCCAUCGUCAGAAUUGAUAUCACCUUACACGCCACCCUGGACUUGGAUGAGAAGUUACAAAUCCUUACGUCUCUAGUGAAAUUCCAGAUGAGCUGGAAAAAUCAGUUCCUCACUUGGGAUCCCCAAAGCUUCUGUGGAAUCUCUAAGAUCUCCAUCCCUGUGGACUCUGUAUGGAAGCCUGACCUCUUUGUCUCUGAAAUGACUGAAGAUCCUCAAUCCCCCACAGUUCCUUUCAUGUCCCUCUCCAGUGAUGGCACCAUCGACCAAUGGAAACCAGUCAGGAUAGUGAGCACUUGCAGCUUGGAUAUCUACAAGUUUCCAUUUGACACCCAGAAGUGCAAUCUGACCUUUGGUCCCUAUGUGCAUACAUUUCAGGACAUAGUGGUGGUGCCAAAGUCCAACUCCUCUGCAGUUACACAAGCUUCUCAGGAGAAUUAUGCAAAAAGCGAAUGGCUCCUUGGGAAAGUGGAUGUUCUGAGCAAUAACAUAUCCAUUGAGGAGAAAGAAUGGAGUCAAGUCACAUAUCAGAUAAUACAUUCUCCAGGGCAGGAAUCCUGCCUUAUUCGCCUUCUAAAGCACAAGAUAACCAUACGGAGGGUACCAAUCCUAUAUGUCAUCAAUCUCAUAGUCCCUGCCAGUUUCCUGGUGCUUGUGGAUGUUGCCAGCAUGUUCAUACCGAUGGAAGGAGGCGAGCGGCUGGGGUUUAAAAUAACAGUUGUUCUAGGAUUCUCUGUGCUCUUGCUGAUAUUGAACGAUUUGCUUCCCAAUUCAGAAGACACGCCAAUCUUGGGUGUUUUCUGUGCCGUGUGCCUGGUGAUCAUGGUAAUCAGCAUUGUCGAUUCCAUCUUUAUCUCCUACAUGCUGCAUCUCUCAGCAGUGCGACUGGAUGUGCCCCAGUGGCUGAAGAUCUGGGUACUGAAGCAUUUGGCUUUCAUACUUCGCAUUGACACAGCAGAAGUUAGUGAAAACAAUGCUGCAGGAGUCAGGAACACAAAGAAAGCUACUUCUGUGGUGGGAGAAGCAGCAGACAUACAAACCAGAUGCUUACAAAAAGAACAUGACAGUGCGGAAAUUAAACUGCUGAAGAAGGUGCUCCUGGAGCUCUUAAUGAUCCGUCGUCACAUGAUCAUGAGUAAGAGAGAAGAGGCGGCCAAAUCAGAAUGGAAUAUGGUGGCAUUUGUCCUUGACAUAUUCAUCCUGAUUUGCUACCUUCUAACAGUGUUCAUUAUUUUGAUAACAGUUGUGGUAGUUUGGGCUUUCUAA